AUGGAGGGUGCUAGCUCCUCUUUUAACUUUAACUUUGCGAAAAGAGACAUUCAAUUAUUAAAUGAAUCAAAAUUCCGUAACUCUGAAGAAAAUGAAAACUUCUCUAACAAUGAUUCUGACAAUGAUUCUGACGCAAACUGGGAAUCUUUUGAUAAACAAGCAUUUAAUGAGUUACCUGAACUAGAACAAUUUGUAUUUAACCAAGGGAAAUAUAUUAAAGCACAAAUAGAGCUUGAACAAGAAAUUAUAAUUAGUGACGAAAAUGAUGAUUAUUAUCAAGAUGAUAUUGAGAAAACUUUAUUUUCAUCACCACCACUACCAUCAUCAUCACCCUCUCCUCCAUUAAUUUCAACAGAAAUUCCACCUCUGCCAAUACCAACAGAAAUUCCACCUUUAUCAAUACCAACAGAAACUCCACCUCCAACACAUAUUGAAGAACAAAACAAACCAAUUUGUGAAACAACAUCAACAACUUUAUUAUCAUUAUGUAUCCUUGUUGAUUUAGUAGAUGGAAAAUUACAAACUUGUGGUAGAACAGAAAAUAUUAAAAAUAUUUGUCAAUUAGUUGGCAUUUGGAAAAUUGAUACAAAUGCGGUAAUAGAAUUUGAAGCAGAUCAAUUAGCAUUAGGA